AUGAGGUUCUUCAACUCUCUAGUCAGCUUCGCGGCUGUCGUACCUGUCGCGCUCGCAUCGAUACCUUACUCGCAAUACAUCCUCGCGCCCAAAUCACGAACCCUCCAUCCCAUCUCCGUACACAGCACUAACGGCUCCGUCACCCACCCCGAGAGCCUUACCAGCGCGAAUGGCAGUUCCGUCUUCACCGGCGAAGCAGCAACAGCGUACGACUUCGGCAUCAACAUCGCGGGGCUCGUCACCGUAACAAUCGGCUCUGUUAACUCGUCCUCCGAAUACAUCGGCGUCACCUUCUCCGAAAGUUCGUUAUGGGUCAGCAACCGGAGCAGCGACGCGACGGCCGAUGCAGGAAAGGACGAGACGCUCUGGUUCCAUGUUAAUGGUACUGGGCGGUAUACAGCGCCGAAGGAGAAGGUGAGGGAUGAGCUGCUCAAUCGCGUAUGGUAUGCCGGAGCGUACACGAACCAGAUCUGUACGAUUGAACCAGACACCGGCAAUGCGCUUGUUCAUCUGCGCGAAGAAGGUUUCUCGAGUGAGGACGACCAGUCGCCGGUUAAUGUUACUUGGUAUAACAACUAUACCAUUACCAGUGGCAAGAGUGCGCUGGUUGAUGGUGCAAAGAGGGAUAGACUUGUUUGGGCUGGCGACAUGGCGAUAGCAGUCCCCGGUGUCGUGGUAUCGACAAACGAUGUCAUUUCCAUUGAGAAUGCAUUGGACUCGCUCUUCGAGGUACAGAACGCGACGAAUGGUCUACUCCCAUAUGCCGGAAGGCCUUUCCCUCCCCAGGCGAUAUCGUUCACGUACCACCUAUACACUCUGAUCGGUGUCGCUGACCACUUCCUCUACACUGGCGACAUGGACUACCUCAAAUCUCUAUGGGACAAAUACAAAUUUGCCCUCUCCUUCUCCCUCUCCAACAUCGACUCCAGCGGCCUCAUGAACGUAACUGCGCCCAACGACUGGCUCCGCUUCGGCAUGGGCGGCCACAAUAUCGAAGCAAACGCCAUCCUGUACUACACCAUCAAUCAGGGCAUCUACCUCGCCUCAGCUUUGAACGACACAGCCAACAUUUCUUCCUGGCAAGAAACAGCUGAUGGUAUCAAGACCGCCGCCAAUGAACUUCUCUGGGAUGAGCAAGAGGGCAUGUACCGCGACAACGAAACCACAACGCUCAUGCCCCAGGACGGAAACGCCUGGGCCGUCGUCGCAAACCUCACAGUGAACAGCACACAGACGAGUAUGAUCUCACAGAAUUUGGUCUCGCGAUGGACGCCGUACGGUGCCCCUGCCCCCGAAGCCGCAGACGCCAUCUCACCCUUCAUCUCCGGCUUUGAACUGCAAUCCCACUUCCUCGCACAGAACACAACCGCUGCGUUGGAGUUGAUGCGUCUACAAUGGGGCUUCAUGCUCGACGACCCUCGCAUGACAAACUCAACCUUCAUCGAAGGAUACAGCACGACUGGCGAACUCCACUACGCGCCCUACAACAACGACGCACGCAUCAGCCACGCCCACGGAUGGGCAACAGGACCGACAUCCAGCCUCACACAAUAUGUCGCCGGUGUACAGUUACUCACUGCUGGCGGAGCAACAUGGCGUAUUGCGCCUUCGCUCGGCGAUCUCAAGUUUGCGGAUGCGGGCUUCAGGACGAGUUUGGGUUUCUUUGGCGCCAGGACACAGGUGUUGGAUGGUAGCAUAAUGUUGGACUUUGAGGCGCCGGAGGGGACGGUGGGAGAGGUUAGGAUGCCGGUGAUGGAAUGUGCGGGACGGGUGGUCAUGAGUGGAAUGGAGGGGCUGAGUGGGGAUGUUGUUGUUGAGGUUAUGGCUGGGCAGGGGGAUGUGGAUGUCAAGGAUGUCAAGGGUGGGAGGUGGACGGCUACGUUUAGGUGUACUUGA